CGACAGUAUUGCAAAAGCCCAACUGACUUUUGGUGGGAAUAUUUACUGAAACUUUUCCAAGGCUUGCGCACGUUGCUAAAUCAGAACAAGGUCUGUAAUGUAUGUAUUAAAGAGCGGUAGAAAACUGGCUCGCUGUCUAGACAGUUUGUGACUGGUUACCUGCCCAGCGGGUCCAUUACUUCGCCGGUGAGACAAGAAUUCCUCAGCGACAUUCAUAAGCAGCCAUGGCGGAUGCUUCGGACUUUGCUCUGGAGCCACCCUUCGCCCAAAAGUUUAAGGCAUCACGAGCAAAAGAGAUCAUUGGUGGUGUUCUUGUAGCGCGGUUGUCAGGCCAGCAGUAUCACGCGGACAACACGUCGUCGUGGGCCCGGGAGAUAGCCGACGAGAUUAAGAACAAGCUCAAGGAGGAGAACUGGAGCCGUUACAAGUUUGUGGUGCAAGUCUUCAUCGCCGAGCAGCGAGGGGAAGGGGUUAGGCUGGCGUGCCGUGGCUUUUGGGACCCCAACACCGACAACUAUGCACAUGACACGUUCUCAAACGAGAGCCUGUUCUGCGUUGCUACAGCAUUUGGAGUAUACCUCUACUAAAGAAGCAUCAGGCCUGGGCAUCGGCGUCAGGCUUUCGGGGGCUACUUGUCCUCGCCGAACUGGCCGUGGUAUCAGGCUUCGCCCUCUCCUGCUUUGAGGGAUCCGUGCUAAGGCUUAGCCGCGUGUCCGGGCUUGCGAAUGCAGACGAAUGCGGCUGUCCAUUUGCGCGGCUGCUGGCGGUGUGUUGGCCCCAACAACCAAGACUGCGCAAUGUGAUGUCCUGGGAUGUUAGUAGGGUGCAGUCAGCGGACCGGCGAGCGCAGGACCCCAUACAUACAGCGCUACAAGGAUAGGCCUGAAGCCGAUGCCGUUCUGGCGCGCUGAGGGCCCUUGUUCUCUGCCAUAAGCGAUUAUCCGGCUUAGAUCCCCAGCUGUACGCCGUUGCGUGUUAGUAUUAUCUUGUUUGCGGGAAGCAGUGUGUAUGGGGUUGAUUACGCGAUCGCUAUCAUUGGCAGAACGGCGUGUUCACGAGUUUCCAUUGCACGUUCCUGCGGCAUGGCCGCUCUGUUAGUAGCGUGCAAACAGUGCGUCGUCGUAACGGUUGUUGCAAGCGUCGCUAAUACGAGCGCGCAGGACGCAGGGCGGGCGGCUCGACGUUUUUUCAUUGUGGUCACGAGGGUUAUAGGAUCUGCUGCAGGGCCCCCUCCUGAUGAACUAAACUUGCUCGUUGCUGGCGUGUAAGAUCAAAGAUCCAUCCAUGCAGUGGCAGAGCUGCCAAUGGCCUGUCGGGGCUACCGGAUAGGUCGGUGGGUAAUUUUGCGUAAUGAAAAAAGUCUUUUGCGGGCUAGUCGCAGCAUGUCGUCGCUUGGGGCUAUGUUGUGCAGAUAUUCGUGUGGUAAUCGAUUGUGACCACUAGGGGUUCAGGUCCACUGCCUAUUUUAGGUAGUAAAGGCGGGCUGCAUGUUAUACGACAGACGCCGACAGCGUAACGAGUAAUUGCCGUUGGGCUUAAGAAGGCUGGCUGGAAUGCGCUUGCAUGGGG